AUAUUUUUGUUCUCGGCAAUUUUCUCCGCACAAGUUGUUUAUGGUCUGCAACAUGAUAAAGGAGACUAUAGACCUGAAACUUAUCCUUAUGAUGACGGAAAAUAUAGGCCGAUUGGCGACGAAGGAAAAUAUUAUCACGUAAGCGACGGCGAAAGAGGUCCCUAUUAUUCACGAUAUGGAUUCGGAAAAUAUACCGGAAAAUAUUUACCUGAUCCAAAAGGAAAAUACAAGAGGCCUGUCGUAACAACUCCAAAAUACGAUGAGGGAGGUGCUAGGAUAAUUCAACAAAGGCAUGGAUUUAAGAAUGACGCAUAUCAUCAUUAUUAUGAAACAGAAAACGGUAUAUUCCACGUCGAGCACGGAAAAAUAAUAAACGCCGGAACAGAUGCUGAAACGAUUCACACGAAUGGUUUUUACGAAUACACUGGUACUGAUGGCAUGCUGCACAGAGUUGAGUACUCAGCAGGAAAACAUGGUUUCAUCGCAAAAGCCGCCCGAUUGCCGGCACCGUGA